AUGGAAAAUAAAAACUCAAGAUUAUAUGGAAUCUUAAUAGAUGUUUCAGGAUCGAUGAAAGAAAGUUAUGAUAAAAUUUAAGAUAAAUAAUAAUCAGGAAUUCAAGGAAAUAAAAUAAAGGAAUCAAGAUUGUAAUCUGUUUGGAAUUUAGUUUAAAAGGCAAUUUAAGAAAAAAACCUUGAAGAUGAUUAUUUAUUUGCAUCUGCAUUUGGAUGCAAGGAUAAAGAUGCAGAAAUUGUUGAUUUAAUACCUCUUUUGGCUGAGGAAAUGAUAUAGUGGAAAUAAUUGAAAGAAAGAUUUUCAGAUUAAUUUAAAAAUUUAGAGGAGUUUGAUUAAAAUUAAAAUUAAGAUUAUCAUCAACUUCUUUAUUCACUAGUAAAAAAUAAGGGUGCAUGCAAUAUUUAAGCAUAUUAUCAAUUAGAGAAUUUGAGAAAUGAUAUUCCUAAGUUUAAAGCAAAAUUAAUUUAUAUAGGAUUUAAAAAAAAAGAAUCUUUAUUAAUUAAUUUCAUAACAUAGUUACCAGAAUAAGUGAAAAGAAGAUAAGUUCGUUCUGAAGAUGUAGAUUAAAAUUUCAAAAGGCUUUCUAAAAUUUUAUUUUGGACUAUUAAGGUAGGUACUGUUGGAUUUGUAGAUUAUGAUAUGGUUAAUGAUAAAAUUACUACUCAACUUAGAAAUCUUGACAAUCAUAUCGAUUACAAAUAUUUUUUUGAUGAAAUACACUAUUAAUUAACAUAAAUAAUAAACUAAUUAAGUAAUAAUAAAGACGGAUUAGAUUAAAUGAUUUAAGAAAAUUUAGAAAAGAUAAGAAUAAAAAUUAAUGAAAUAAAUAAUCCUAACUUUAAUAAUUCGUUAAAGUACUUAGAAUUAGAAAAAAUCUGUGAUUAGUUCUCAUCUGAGUAAAUAAUUGAUAAAAAUAAUUUAAAAGUUCCAGAAAAAAUUAAUUUAGUUAGUUUGAAAAAUUUAACUGGUAUUUUAAAAAAUAAAUAAAAUAUAAUAAAUAGUGAAGAUGAAAAUAAAAUUUUUAAGAAAAUAAAGUAAAUAUCUUAUGGUUAAACUCCAAUGAGAAAAUGCUUAGAAUUAACUUUGAAUAAUAAUUACAGUAAUUUUAAUAAUAAGUUUUUGUUUAUAAUUUCAGAUGGAUAGUCUACAGACGGAGAUCCAAGACAAAAAGCAUAGAGAUUAAAAGAUUUAGGAUUUCUAAUAAUUUGUUUUUAUAUAUCUACUUCUCAUCAAAUAGAUGAUAAUUAAUUGUUUUUUGAAGCUUAAGAUUAAUGGGAUGAUGGAGCUAAAAAUAUGUUUGAAAUGAGUUCAGAAGUAUCAAACUUUGAAUAUCCUUUGAUAUCAAUUGGACAACAUACAAAUAUUAAAUUAUCAUAAAAGGGUAGAAGUAGAUUAUUUUUAUAAGGAAAUAAUCCAAAACAAAUGUAAAAUUUUUUUGAUUAUUUCAUGAAACUUAAGAAUGAAUAGGAUACUUUACUUAAUUUAAUAGGUAAAGUUUAAUUAGAAAAAUACAUUAAUGGUAGUAAGAAGUUAAAAGUAGAAUAAUAAAUUGGAAAAAACUUUUUUGCUAAUCCCAUAGCAGCUGUUUAUCAAUUAGUUAUGAUUAAAAUUUAUAAUAGAGAAGGAGGUUAUCCAGAUUACAAUCAAAUAAGAGAAGAGGUAAUUAGGAUAAAUGGUGAAAAUGAGGGUAAUACAUUUAAAAUUAUUUAAAAAUCUUGCUCAAGCUUUAGAUUAUAAUGUAGAGAGUUAAAAAAUAUUAACGAUAUCAAAUUGUGUUUACAUUAAGGUAGACCAUUAAUAGCAAAAUUUAAAUUAUGUGAGGAUUAAUGGUUUUCUGAAGAUCCUAAUCAAUUAGGAUUUUAUAAUUUUUUUAAAAAAUUUGGAUAAGGAAUUUUAACAAAAAUAAGAAAAAGAUCUGAUAAACCAGUUAUUGGACAUGCAGUUGUAUUACAUAAAUAUACUCCUGAAUAUUAUUCAUUUAUUAAUUCUUGGGGAACUGAAUGGGGAGAUGCAGGAUUCUUUAAAAUUAAAGAUCUUGAUGUACUUGGUAAAAUGAGGUUUAUGGAAGUUUUUUGGACUAAAGACAAUUUGACCGAAUAUGAAAAAGAAUCAUUUAAACAAGAUGCAGGAUAAAAAAUUACAAAUUAUUAUAAAAAUUAUUUUAGCAUUAUCGGAAAUGAAGUCUAUACAUGUCCUAAAUGUUUAAUGAAAGCUUUUAUUAAUGAAUAUAAAGGUAAUUAUUAUGAAGCUUAAUGUCCUAAAUGCCAAGAAAAAUUUCAUCCUUAAUCAUUAGGAGAAUUAUUCAUAGAUUAUCUUUAUGGAAAUCAAUUAUGA